GGGGCACGUGGAUCCUAUCACUUGGUUACCUAUUGCAAAGGUUUUUGACUUAGAAAAUUAACAGGAACAUAUUAUAUAGCUUGAUCAACAGAAAAAAACUAAGACGCCACAGGAAUCCCGAAAUUCUAAACGUCCUCACGUGAUUUGUUCAGCGGUAAAAUUUACGCGGGAAACAAAACGAUCGUAGUGAGCAAAUUUGCUACGAAAGUCGUGUUUAUAAUUGCAUAAAAUGGCUCCAUCAAAGAAGAAAGAUAAAGCUCUUAACAGGGAUAUUAAUCAGUGGGUCAUGAUUGGUCCUGAAGCAGCGUUGACAAACCGAGCUGAAAGUGACGAAGAACCCAAAUUUAUAACACUGGUGCAUCCSAAGACAGAUAAAGGAUGUCAGUAUAUAAUUUCACAAAACAGAGAAAACAUUUAUGAAGUUAAUAAAUUCUGUGAGGAACCUCGAUCUUGGUUUAUUGAUAAUACUAUACAAAAAGAUGGUAGCCUAUUAGUGACUACACCAAUAGAUCCUAUUUUUCUUUGCAUUCCUUACCUCCAAAAGAACAUACAAAAGUUUAGAACACUUGAUCAAAUCCUAAUGGAUAACAAGUACCCUUCCAUUGGAUUACUGUCUGCAUGCAUUAACUCUGAUAACCUUACAAAUGUGUGCGACUGCAAGGGUGAUGAUGAUUUACAAGCUUACAGGCUUAAUAAACAAUUMUUACUAUCAUUAAUUAUGCAUCAGGUUGAAUGUGUAGCAGACAAGCUGCAGUCGUCUAAAAUCAUUGUAACCAAAGGAUCACAAAGUGCUACAUUUGUCCGUAGCAAGCUGCAAUCUGACAUYAAGAGAGAUGACUAUCUUAGGUUUGCCAGUGGUAUCGUCUCUAACUAUCUUAGCUUACACUGGAGUGAAAAGCUUCAAGAAGCAUUAAACUUACCAGAASAAGAAACUCUCUUGUCAUCUCCAGAGGAACCUCCAGCAAAGAAAACCAAAAUAAGCAAUAAAUCAGAGGAGGUCAUAGAGGAUUACAGCAAAGAAUACCAAAAAUAUAAGAACAAAGAUAAUGCAAAGACCCCUGGGAAACUGACUGCAGCUCAGAAGUCAUUGUCAAAAGUGGACAAGACGGGAAUGAAGUCUAUGAUGUCGUUCUUUGGUAAAGCAAACAAAAAAUAGUUCAUAUUGUAUGCACUGGUAGGAUUUUCAAAACUGUGUCUGUGCAUGUUUAUAACACACACACAUUGUAAGUAUUCAAAACUACUUUGUAAAUAUUUCUAUAAACUAUUUUGAAGAACGAGGUUAAAAUGAAAAAGAAAUUGAUAUUUUGGUUUUUACAGUGUACGUAGUGGUCAGGUUUAUGUCUGCUAAACUGAAUAAACAAGUGAUUCUCCAACAACUGCUCAUGAAUUGRAAACUACCUGCCAAUGGCAGCCAACAGACUGACRUACAAGCUYACUGUUCAACUAACAAGUCAAGUGACUGAACAAUAGAACUUGCUAACACACUAACUAACUAAAUGAACUGCUCAGUGCAUGUAACUAUCUUACUAACUGACUUAUGUUUCUAYUAACUGCUGAGAAUGACAUAACAGAGCAUUGAUGUAGAUUUGAUAUAAAAUUUAUUUAAUUUUUGUACAAAAGAAUAAACAAGUACAAUGUAUUUAGAUGUAGUAUGAGGUGUGGUCUAAAAUCACUAUGAAUCACGUCUAAUAAUAUGCAGAAAACACAUUUUUGUAUACUUCGUGUUUCUAGAAGUGUGUAUUGCAUUCUUAAGAUGAAUGAUGUCUAAAUAGUUGAAGUAACCAUAUACAAUGAUAACUCUCAAGAUGGCUGGCUAAACUAGGUCCAUAUUUUGUACAUGUACCUUAUACAUGAAGGACUAUUUAAAGUGGUUAUUUUAAUGCAUUAAACCUAUUUUGGUGUAA